CGGGUAUCCGCGGGCGCGGGUGAUAUUGCCAGCCCUAAUUCAGAGUCUCCAUUGGUCCUCAAAUUCCCUCAAUUCUUCGCCAAUUUCAAUCCCAAAAUCACCCAGCGACUGUUUCAAAAGCCGUCUGUGGGUGCAGGGUAUUCAAGAACACACAUUCAAGCUUCUGGUUUAUCCUUUUGUGUAUACGUUCAAGUAUUUUUAUUUUUUCUGACGACGAGCAUAGGAAAAGAAUAAGAAACAACUUCAGCACAAAGAACUUCAUCCAAGCUCCAGAAAGAGGACUCUCCUUGGUCAAAUUAUUUUUAUUAAACCCAGGAAGCAAUGAGGUCAUCAUCCUCAAAGCAAGGUUCUGAUAACAACCGUAGUGUUAGAGGCCACUUGCUUACUCUUCAUCAGCGCCUUCAACAUGCUCUUGGUCUUGGAUCUGGAUAUCAUGAGGGCGCAGGGAGAAAGUGGAAUUUUACAGACUUUGAUAAGCAGAGGCUUGCAAUCCGUUCCAUUGAUUCGUACCUUGAUUUUUUAUCUUCUGAGACGUUAAAACAUCCCUUCGUGAAGGAUUCGAUUCCAAACAUGUUUGGUGCGUUGGGGAGUAUUCUUGAAUCAAAAAGUGAAUCUGUUCUGAUUUUGGCCUCAGCUGUUGCUGUAAAGAUUGUCUGUGAUUUGCCAAGUUUUAUGGUGGUAUCUCAUGCAGCCGAUCUUGUUUUACCAUUGUCGUCCUUGUUGUUUUACCACCAGUCCCAGGUUUCUCUGUCAUCUGCCACUGCCUUGAAUGUCAUUCUUUCAAAUCUGAGUAGCAAAAGAGAAAACGAAGUUUGGGAUAUUUUUAAACAAAGGAACGUGAUCGCUGAGAUUCUCAAAAUUCUAAAAGGAUUUUCAACUGUUGAAAUAUCAAAUGAGCGCUUUGAAAAGAUGGCUUCUCUCUUGAGUAAAAUACUGCAGAGGUGGCCACCUUCUAGGCUAUAUGUUUAUACUGAUACCAAGCUGCUGGAUCUUUUGGACACUCUCACAGUCAGUCCCAAGGCCUCCAUACAAUCUUCUUUAUUGCAGAUCUAUUCUGCUAUAGCUUUAUGCCGCAAUGGAGCUAUGAAGGUUUUAGAAAAUGGGGACAGUCUUCUAAAAAUGAUGGUGGACAACAUGGACAUUUCAAAGCCUGAAUCGAUUCAAAUGGAAGCAUUUAAUCUGGCUCAGUGUCUAAUGAUGAGUGAACAAGAAUGCGCAACAGUUAUUAAAAUAUGUGGUGAGCCGGUUGUGAUAGCUAUACUGGCUGGAAUGGCCCGUAUGAGGAAAUUUUACCUGUCUAUUAAGGAAAAAAAGAAACAAAUGCCAAUACUUGUGAAGACAUGCAAUUUAGCUCUAAUAGCACGGUGGGCUGGGGAACAUCAUCACUACUUUUGGAAAGCUGGAAUUUGUGAAGUCCUCCUGCGUCUAUUCAUGGACAAUUUUAGCAAAGAUUACCAUUCUUUCCAGUCCUUGCCACUACGAGAGAAGAUUGGCAUAAUACAAUCAAAUGAGGCUCUCGAGACAAAUUUUUGUUUACCUUUAAGACCUUAUGUUUGGGAUAUUCUUGGACAUCUUGCAACAAAUUGCGAUGAAGGUUGCAAUCCAGUGAUGCAUGGACAUGAGGCGUGUCUAAAAACACUUGUACUCUGUGCAUGCUUAGGCUUUGUGGACUCAAUGAGUGUGACAUAUCAGACUAGUGAAGAUAGUUGCGCACAUGAACCAGUGUCUAGAGCAGUUCUUAUGAUGGUAUUUUCUCCUUGGAAAUAUCUUGCAAAACAAACGCGAUAUAUUUUAUCUGAAGUUCUUGCAUCAAAUUUAAAGCAUAAUGUCAACCAUCUAUUGAAUAUUUUAAGAACCAGAUCUUCUGGUAAUGAGGUUGUAAUGCCUUCAAAUCUUCAAGUUCUGAUAAGCUUGACGAGCUUGACAUGUUAUUCUGGUCUAAAAGGGUAUAAGAAGCAUAUCAUUAAAGAUAAAGGAAUAAAGGCUUUGUUAAAUUUCAUAAGCUGGUGGGUAUUCAAUCCACUACAUGUGAAAAGAUCACAUCUAUCUCCACAUACACAUGAUCCUUUUCGGGUGAGAGCCUGUUGCUGGGGUCAUUCUGCUGAGUGGGAAGGAGAAGAAAUGCUUUUACUUUUGGGUCUUUGGUGUCUUGCCGAGUUAGUAGGGCAGUCUGGAUCAUAUGUUGCUCUACCCAAGUAUCUGAAGGGUGCCAAUGGAGCUCAAUUCGUAGAGGAACUUCAACACAUAUGUUCCAAAAGUUCAUCUCCUGGUUCAAGAAUGUAUGCUGCCUACAUUCUUCGGCGUUUUGGGUUAUGGGGAUUCCCAAAUAAAUUUGGACAAAGGAUUCGGAAAGCAUUUGAUAAUAAGGACCUUAUGCCUGAUUUGGAACUCACUCAUUGGUGUCACAGCUCUUUUCAUGUUCAUGGUGUUAUUCUUUCAGUCAGGUGCCCGUCGUUGUUGCCAUCCAAACAACCCGCCACAGAGAAACCUCAUUUUGGCUCUUUUUCAAAGUGGGAUGUCGAGACAUGUGAGAGGUCAAUGAAGAAAGUUCGGCUCUCUGCCCAUGCUGAUCACCAGAUAUUAACAAAGUUAUUAGAAUAUGUGUAUUCUGGGUAUUUUCAAUCUGGUAAAGACCUUUUUAAGAACCUGAAAUCAUAUGCCAAUUAUUGCAAUCUAGAUCCUCUACAGAAAAUGCUUGAUGGUAUUAGACCAAAAUGGGGCGAUACUCUGCCAAAGUUUGAUCUUACUUGUGCUCUUGGGCGAGAUGGAUAUGAAUUCUCGGAUAUAAUCUUGGAAGCGAAUGCACCCAGCCUGACUGGAUGGAGAUGCAAUGUUUGCUGCUCAUUGGCUCCACACUAUCAUCUUCACAAAGUUAUACUUCGUUCAAGCUGCAAUUACUUUCAUUCACUAUUCAGAUCAGGAAUGCAAGAAAGCUAUUUACAGACAUUGAAGGUGUCAAUGAGCUGGGAAUCACUAGUGAAGUUAGUGAACUGGUUCUAUUCUGGUGAAUUAACUAGGCCCAUUUCGGGAUGCCUAUGGGAUAGUUUGGACGUCGAGAAGAAGCUAAAAGAAGUUAGGCCAUAUGUUGAGCUAUAUUGGCUCGCAGAUUACUGGCUAAUAGAUGGUGACUUGCGCGAGGAUUGCUUUAGCGUGGUUGUUUCCAGCUUGGAUUCAUGCCGGGAAUUGUCAAUCAAAAUAAUGCAAUUUGCGGCAGAUCUCUCUGAGUGGAAGCUAGUUAAAGUUGCCGUUGAGUAUGCUGCUCCUUCGUAUCAUCUCAUGCGCAGUUCUAGCGAGCUAGAUGCAUUGGAUGGUGAGCUUGUUGAAAUGAUCCGAGCUGCCUCUGUCCGACUUUUUCAAGAAAAGUCAUAAUAUUGAUGCUAUGCCUUUUUUUAUUAGAUUGGAUGAUAGAUAGGAAAAGCAUUUUGACACACUUGUACAACUAAACCAUACUGUAGAUAUGGAAUAGGAAAUUUUAUUCAGUUUUGUUCAGUGAUGAGUGUGUGAGAGCAGGUGGUAUAUAACACAGUUACAAUAAUGGAUAUAGAGAGAGAUAAUGAAAUAAUAUCGAUUGAAUUGACAUUUUAU